AUGAACGGAAGAGCGAGACGCAUAUUGUCUUUGAUUUCAGUACGAAAUGCUAGUUCUGAUGUUGGAUCCAGUAGUGAUGAUGAAGUCAGAGAUGUCGAGAGUUCACCAGCACCGUCUCUGGAUUCAUCAUUUGAAAAGAUCGACAUUCUCGGCAGCGCCAAUUCAUCGCCCAGUCCUUCGAAGCAAGAGGUGGAAUCACGUGUAGAAGACCUUUCUAAUGUGGAUCCAGAGACUUUUCAAGUUUCAAGUCACAUCUUUAGUUACACGUGGGCAAAGAAAACGUACUGGGAUAGGUAUUAUAAACUAUGA